AUGACGAUUGAAACGGACAACAGCCCCGAUCGGGACGGUAGGUCGAUUUUUUGAGACUUUUGGGGAGAGGGAGUUGAUUUUUUGAGAUUUAUUGGGCAGGGGUGGAUUUUUGAGAAUUUUUUGAAAUGGGUGGAUUUUUAGGUAUUUUGUUGAAAGACUUGUUAUUUUUAAAAAUUUUGGCAGUGGUAAAUUUUGAGGGUGGAUCAAAUUUUUUUUUGCAUUUUCUUAACCUUAAGGGCAUCAACCCCUCCCACAUGCGACCUCAAACAAUUUUCGGCGAAAAACAAUAUCAUACUCAAAUAUAUCCUCGGUUUUAUUAUUCAUUCUCACAUAAUUUUAUUAGUCGAGACGAAUAUCUUGUUUUGAUUAAGACAAUUAUUCUCACGUGCUGUUCAUAAACAAGCUUUUAGGCGGCGUCGAAGCCAGAUGGCUUCGAGUAGGUAGGAAUAAUAUAUUGCCGGUUGGCUUUUAAAAGCCAACAUUUUUGAAAAAAAGGCGAGUUUUUGGAAAAAAUGACUUGAUUUAUAGCGAAAAUUGGACUUUUCGGAACGGCCGAGGGUUUUAAAAUACGCUUUAGGGACUUUUAAUUAAGAUUAUAAUAAGUUUUGUUGCAUCGGUUUAUUAUCUUUUGGCACAAAACUGCUUUUAAAAUAGGUAACCCAUCAAUUUUCGCCCAUUUUAGCCUAUUUUCUCCCGAUUUUUCAACGAAAAACGGCCAAAAAUUUAAAACCUUUAAAAGUCGGAGUUUAAAAUUUCUAAAAUCAGCUCGCCCAAUCCCACAGGCACAUCAAUAACCGCCCCACACGCAACGUUUUCGACCACGCGGAGAGGAGUUGUUUAUUACAACAAAAUCGGCUCAUUAUACCUCCGUUGCGGGUUGCGAUGUUGUUCAUGUAGGCGUUUACUGUCUCUGUCUGACGGGAUUAAAAAAAUAUUGUUGGGGUUGUGAUUAACAUAGGAAACGUUCGAUCUAACCUACGGUUCUUGUCAUGCUCUUUUCGUGUUCUUAGAACGGAUUUUGUGGGUGAGAUCGGGGGGAUUUGGGGGUGUUUAAGGGGGUUUUUUGAAAUUUUUAAAAUUUGGAGAGAUUUUAAAAAAAAGUGAAUAUGUUAAUUAAAACACAAGGGUAUGGCUUGUUAUUACUGAAAAUAUCAGAGAAUUUGACUAACCGACCAAAAAGAUAUAACUCAUUAAAGUCAGACAAACCUCAAAUUUUUGUGAUUUUCGUUGACCAACCCCAAUAUAAACGUGUCUGCCCUCGGUAACGCCAUAAAAAAUUGUUAUUCAAGCCUACCCCAAAUAGAAGCUUGUUUUUUAGUCCAGCGAGUGUUAAUCUCUUUGAAAACGUAUUCAAAUGCGCUAGUGCUGACGAUCAAUAUAACGUGAAUUGGUAUGCAAAUCCAAGUCUGGAGGUUGUUAUUGUUGGUUGGGGUCCGCGAUAUAAAUGACUACUUUUUAGUGCAGCGGUUUUGUGUUUGUCAAUUGAGCUUAUUUUUAACAAUUUAUGAAGGGCUGGGUGGCUAGGAUGGGGUGAGGGUUUAAAAAUGUCUGGGAAUUGGGGAUGAUUUUAGGAUAUUUUGAGGUAUGACAUUGUUUUUUUAAUGUUUUAUAGACAUUUUCGGAUACUUUUCUUUUCUUGUGUUUGAGAACUAGGGUUUAAAGAUUACACUAGACACUUUUUCUUAAUGGUACCAUUCAGUUUUGGUACCAAAAACCAUCUUUUUUUUAUCUUAACCACCACUUUUUCAGAACACGAUCCCCAACUUUUCAAACAAAUGUACAAAUUAGGGCCAGAGAUUGGCCGUGGUGGCUUUGGCGUCGUGUACGCGGGCUACAGAAUCGAAGACAACUACAGUGUGGCCAUCAAAUACGUGGCCAAGCGCAACAUCACCGACUGGAUCACAUGGAACGGCCGACGAAUCCCAACCGAAAUCGCUCUGUUGGAGACGUGCCGUGGCUGCACCGGUGUGAUCCGCACGAUCGAAUGGUACGAACGUCAGGAUGGAUUUUUUAUUGUGAUGGAACGACCAACACCCUUCUGUGAUCUGUUCGACUUUAUUUCGGACCGCGGAGCUUUGGAUGAGGUUAUUGCCAGAAGCUUGUUUAAACAAGUGGUGGAGACGUCGAUUGCUUGUGCCAACAACAAUGUGGUGCAUCGUGACAUCAAGGACGAGAACAUCAUCCUGGACAUCAACAAUGGCACGAUAAAACUGAUUGACUUUGGAUCUGGAGCUUUUAUGAAGGACAGCGAAUUCGUGGAUUUUGAAGGUAGGUUAACUUUGAACUUGAAAAAAUGUACUUUUCUGCCUACGAUUUUAAAAUUUUGCGGCUUAAAAAGGUUGUACAAACUUUAAAGAAUAUAGAAAACUCACGUUUACCCAACUUUCCUCUAAAUCCCAGCCAAAACUUGACGUUUUUUGGCAUAAUUAGUGCAUUUUACUCGAAAAACGCGCGCUUUUCGACUCAAAAUGUCUACAGUUUGUGUGGUCCAAAUUGACUGCAAUUAAGCGUAUUCAAAUCACAAAAUGUUUCGCGUUUUAAAGUUGCUAUGCCCCGGUCAUUAGUGGCUUUGUAAACGUGCUUGAAACGUUUUUUAAUGAAAAAACAGUGUAAUAUGGGCGAAAAGUGGCUAAAAAUGGGCAAAAAAUGGGAAAAUUUUAGUGAAAAUGGAUGAUUGCCAAUCUUUUUUGGGCUUUUUUGGCCUUAAUUUAGAAUAAAAAAGUUGAUAGUAGUUAUAAAAUGUCAUCUUAAUCAUUUAAAAUUUUUUUUGAGAAAAAAAAAUUUUUGAUAACAAAAAUUUUUUUUUGUAAUUGAAAAAUUUUAAUGAAAUUCAAGCAAAAUUUCAAUUUUCAACAAUUUUGAUGACAAGUAAAAAACCAUUAAACACACAUACGACAGUUGUCUUAACAUGACUAAUGUCAUUACCUUCUCUCCGUACCGUACGAUGAUUAAUACGGCGAAAAUCGGAUGUCAUUAAUAUAGUGUCGGGCUGUCAACGUUUAUUGAUACCCGCUUUUCCGGUUUUAUACACAGUGUGUGUAUGAAUCUUGUUGAGAAGUUUCUUUAGGUUUAGGUGAUUGUGAUUUUGCUGGUGCUUUGGUUUAUAUUAGUGGUAAUUUACCGGUACUUGCUGUGAUUUUUGGUAUAUUUCUUUUGUGGUCUGUCAGGAUGAAGUUAUAGUGUUUCUGUGGUUUCUAGAGACUCUAUAGUAUCUAAAGACAAGCGUUAUUGCUUCUUUUUUCAUUACCAAAAAUUAGAAAAAAAAAUAUAAAAAAUUUUUUUUUGUAUUAAAAAAUCUCCCCUCGAAUACCAUGCCACCUCGAAAAAAAUCGUACACAUACGAAUGGGGGUAUAAUGCCUUCCGGCGAAAACAGCUAUUAGUCAAGCAUGUGGUGCGGCUGUUUAAACACGACUUUUUUCACCUUUUUCGAUAAUUCCGCGAACUCGCCAAAGUCACCUGUUCAAGUAUAAUAUAUUUCCUAUUAUCAUGUGCUUCUGGGAACGAAAUUCGAAAUUUUGAAAAUGGUUUUUUUAAACUUACAAUUUGGGUUUGAAAUUGAUUUUUUGGGGUCAAAAAUGACAUUUUAGGGUAGAAUGUUACCUAAAAAAUUAAUUUUUAGCCAAAAAAAUGCCUCCAAAAAAUCGUUUUUUUUACCUAAAAUUAGCAAAAAAGUGCAUUUGUUCGGAAAAAUCACAAGCCGCAAAGCCGAAUAUAUCUUUUUGACAACAUGAAGAUGAUGUCUUUAACGAGCUGUCUAUGACAACUUCCUUAUGUUCACUGACAUAUGCUUUUGAGUGCAGUUGCUCUUGGGACAUCAUAGUGUGGGAAUAAGAGUACAGUAGGCAGGGAAUGUGUCAUUUGAAACAAAAAAUGUCACUUUUUGACACUAGCGGCUUUAGUUUUGGGUACGGUAGGGCAAAGUAGGCUAGAGUUCGAAGUAGGGUAGGGUAGAGGGUUUGUAGGAAAGAGUAAGGUAGGUUAGGGGCAUUGAUAUGGGGUUGUUUUGGAGUACAGUACCGUACAGUAUCUUGAGUUCAUGUUUUUGGGUAUUACUCUAUCUCAAAGCCUGUAACUUACCUACAUUACCCUACUCCUUCUACAUCAUUACCUAUACCUUUAACACCUAAAAUGACACACUUUUGAAACAAAAACCGCAUUUCCAAAUUUUCGUUUCAAACUCAUAAUCUCGAGCGAAACAACAAUCGAGUAGGUGUGAUGUUCUUGGAAUCGGCUUUUCGUCGAAAAAUGAAAAGUUUUGAUGCGCACUUGUUAACCGAGCAGUUGAUCGCGCUGAACUCGGAACGUCACGAAUUCCAGCAAAUAUCGGCUUCUGAAUCCUUGUAGGAAUGCUUGACGUCAUUAAGAUCUCCCGAUUUUGAACUUUUCUUUUGUAUUUUAAUCUUUGAUGAGCGGAUGCCUAAGGGUUUUUUGGGGUUUUUGGGCUUAAAGCCUUAGGCUUGGUUUCAUAGCUCUGAAACUAAGCUUUGCCAUUUCUUUUAGUACCCUCUAGUGCCUUAGAUUCUUCAAAGCAAGCUAUUCUGAAUCAAAAACGCAUCUAGAAUCCAAGCUUCAAAACGUUUUCGAAAUUGAUCAUCAUGCUUAACGUGUAUCAUCAUCACAUUUGUCAUAUAACGUAUACGAUCAGCAACCAAAAUUUACGCGUAUUUCGACACGAUACAUUAGCUGAAUUGUGUGACAAAUCACAUGUUUCUGAUGACGGAACUGAUAAGCAAAGCCGCUUAAGCAAAAAUCAAACAGUGUAACAGGGGUUUAAUGCACUACGGCUUGAUAAUAUUGAAAAAGCGCGUAGUUAUGGAAAGGAAAGGGCAUAGACUUGGAAUAGGGCAUUCUACGUACAUUACAAAAGUUGACUUGUACAAUUUUGUGACCUUAGGGCGCAUUAUAGCGAGCUUAAGGUGCACUAUUGUGACUUUAGCGUAUAUUAUGAUAGAUUGAAAGCUUUAAAAAUGAACUUUUUUGUAAAAAAUUGGUAAAAAAUGUCAAAUUUUUGUAUGUAGGUAUACUUCAAAGCAACUUUUAGACAAUUUCCAUUAAGCAACAUAGCCUCAAAUUUUAGCUACAGAUCACUAAAAGCCUUCUGAAUCAUACCAAGUCAAAAAAUUGCACUUUUUGUGGAUUUCACAAGCUUCAGAAGCCAAAAACUCGCUUCGAGUUGUUGUGAAAUCUGAAGUAGCACGGGUUGGAUUAGCCGUUAACGUGAUGUGUGGGCUCGUUUUAUUGCGACCCAUUUUCCGGGCGGCUAAAUUGCGUUUAACGGUCUUUUUUCUUUGAUGGAAUUUGCUCGCUCGCUAGCGAUUUGAUUUGAGAGAUUUGAUUAAGCUUCAUUGAUUGGGUGGGUUUUAGCGAUUUUUUUGGUUGGGCUUAAUUUCUAAAAGGCUCAAGCUACUCUUUAGUAAAGGGUAGGAGGCUUUUUUAUAAGACCAUCCUAAGCUGUUCGCUCUGAACCUUUACGUUGCUCUCAACCUAUAAGUUGCCCCCAACCUUAACGUCGCUCCCAACCUUUACAUUGCUCUUAACCUUAAACUGCUUGACCAAAGACGAAGGUCUUUUUGGACGAACGCCAAGACACAGUUUGUGAGCGAUGCCGGGGUACGAGUUGGCGCCGCGACCUCGAUCGCAUCAGUGGAUAAGCCGAUACGCGCGCUUUAACUCUGUUGCAAAACAUUCGUCGUAUCGUGUUGUGGAAUGCGCACGCAAUUUCACAUAGUGAUACUGAGGUCGGGUGCGGGGAAGGAAAUCUUGGUAGUAGUGGGAGGGUCGUGCAAAGUAGGGUCGGGUAGGGUAAAAUAUGGCAGAGUAAGGUAGGGAAAGGCAAUUUAAAAUAGGGUAGGGUAAAUUACAGUGGGUAGCCCACUGUAGCCUACAGCACUUUUUAAAGCCUUCAAGCGACCAUAGAACCCUAAACCCUCUAUGUUAUACAGCUUCUUAGCCUCUUUUUGUCUAUAGCGAUUUGCGCAUACAAUAGCUGACUAUCUCUUUCGCCUUGUUUGGCAUUGUUCUUAACCUUGCGAACGCACUGUUGGAUACUACAACAUUUUUUACGGCAUUUUUGCUAUUUCAUGGCUAAAUUUUAUGGCUUUUUGCAUUUUUAUGCUUAUAUUUGACUUAAAAUUGCGUAGAUUUAACUUAAAAUUUUAAAAAUUUAGUUUAGUCAUACUGUAAGUGUUCUAGUGCUUUAGUAGUAGCUGUGACUUCAGGUGCUUUGAUGAGUUCUUAAUGAAUGAUUUCUUUAUUAGAAGCUUAUAAAGGUUCUUUUUAUUAAAGAUUAGCAUGGAAUCUUCAGUACACUACUAGUAGAUUGUCUUCAAUACACUCCUAGUAGGAUAAUAUUCAUUGGCACAACCCCCUUUUCGUCAUACAAAGAAGCUCAUGCCAAAACAAAUUCUCGAGACCAAAGAAUUUGUUUCUUUAAAUUCCAAAAAACAACCACAAAAUCGCUCGCCCAUACCCAUUCCCCUUCGCCCAUACCCAUUCCCCUUCGCCCAUACCCAUUCCCCUUCACCCAUACCCAUCCCCCUCUCUUGCCGACCCCGUAAACAAUGUUGGCAAGGCGCCAUUUGUGUGUGCCGCAGGGACAGCUGGUCGUCGGGUUUUCCACGAACGGGCCGCCGUUCCCGGCUUCUUUUUUCUUCGCUUUUUUUUGCGUUUUGCGUACCCCCGGGUGCCGGGGCGUGUCAUCCCAGCCCGAACUUUGGACGAGCGCCCGCUUCUUUGCGAGCAAAAAACAAAACCCUAAAAAUGGAAACAACCAAAACAACAACUAAUCGAUGACGGUUCGAGGAAUUUGCUGGGUUUGGGUGAUGGUGGUGGGUACAGAAUUUCAAGACAAUUCUAAAAUUUUAGAAAUCAAAAGAUUUACAUAGUGAGACUAGUCAUAUCAGGCUCUAGGGCAAGUAGAGUACCAUGAAUAAUAUAAAGUUUAAAAAAAUUUAAAAAACAAAAGAAAUAUAAAAAAUAAUGACGAAAAAGGCACUAACAACACAUGACAAAACAUAAAAUUUAAAAAAAUUUUUUUUUGAAAUUUAAAAAUUUUUGUUUGCACCAAAAACCACCUCAAUAGCCUCAAAAUUCGGCCGGAAUUAGGCGAAAUACGGUUUGACGUUUUUGUUUUGCCCCGAUUAGCUGGUUAGCAAUUAUGUUCGGGAAAAUAGCCAAAGGAGAAAUUAAAUUCGAACCAGCAGAAAACAAAAAUAUCCUGCAAAACAAGUUCGCCAGACCAUAUUCAAUAUUCAUGGAGUUGGCAAAGAAAGAACAACAAAUAGCUUAUCAGAGACAUUUUUUGUGCUAUAUCUGGAAAUUAAGGGUUUAAAAAUAGUUAAAAUGGGCUUAAAAUUCGUUUGAUAGCGUUUUUCAAUAAAAUAUGUCACUAUGACAUAUUUUCCAAAAAAUGCGUCAUCGUGACAUUUUUUUCAAAAAACGAGUAAUCAUGACAUAUUUUUUGAAAAAACUCAUUUUGGACUCUAACAUGACCUUAAAAAUGACGAAUUUACAUUUUAAAAAAUUUUAAAUUUAAAAAAACAUUCAAAAAACAUUAAUAUUAACCACAACCUCUUCAGGAACCCGCGUCUACAGCCCGCCCGAAUGGAUCAGCAAACAACGAUACGAUGGUCUGGCCGCUUGUGUGUGGUCGUUAGGCAUCUUACUCUACGACAUGGUCGCCGGCGACAUUCCAUUCCAUCAUGAUCACGAAAUUUUAGCCGGAGUCUUGAAAUGGAAGCGACGAAUCAGCCUGGACUGCCAGGACUUGAUCAGAAACUGUUUGUCAGUGGACCCAAGAGAACGGUACACACUCGAGGACAUUAUGAUGCACCCCUGGAUGCAGGGUGAAAUCAAACAGUUGGGCCGCGCCGAUCUGACGAUGAAGAAGCGGCCGAUUCAGGGUGUAGAAGCAGUGAAUCCGGACGAGCAAGACAUUGAGAUCAUGAAGAUUGCCAGUCUGAAUACGACUUCUAUCGACGAUGAAGAGGAAGAGAUUCGUGCUCCGGAAGAACAGCCCGAAGUCGGUGUUUGUAAGAGCUACGAGCCGGUUUUUGGCGAGAACGACCAAGAAGUGCCGGUGCAACGGUGGCGUCAGCUAACGCCGCAUCGUCACGUCGUAGCCAACAAUAACGCUAUGCCAAUCUGGUUGAACACUUGCAUCAACAGGAACGAUGAGAGCAACAACAACAGUGAAUAUGUGAUGCCAAAGCCGAACCGAUACUUCCCUUAUGCUGUGUACCCACAACGGAGUAGCGAGCACAACCUGCCUUCAGCUGUGUUGUACGAAGGAGCACCGACGAUAGCCUUGGAGCACCCUGGCUCGUCGUCGUAUGGUGAAUGGGACGAUGAGAGUGAUCAUGAUUCACAUCACAAGAGCAUGAGCUUUUAUGGUACGGUAUUUUGAAUUUUAAAACUUUUUACGAUAGCUACAAAGUAAUGUUUGUGUAAAACAUGUUAUGUUAUCCAUUUUAACUCAUAUCUCAUUUCAGAAGCCCGCCAAGUCAGUGCAACAGACUCAAAUGGCGAGCCGGUCGUCCGCAAAAUCUCCAGCAACCCCUUAGGCUCCUUUCAAGUCCAAAGCGGAUCUAAACUUGGUAUCAGCAUGCUUGGUAUGGGGCGCCGACCGGUGCAUCAUCGCUCGACCGGACCUCUUCAACAACAACAACAGGAGCCGGAACAGCAGUUCACGGCGUUCGAGCGUACCGUGAGCAAAGCCAUGCCCAUCGUGAAACCCCACGCUUUGUCGAAUGAACGCAAGAGUGCCGUGGAUUCUGGAUUUUCGUCAGGGAGUUCGGGCUACGUUGUAGGCGUUUCAUCGUCGCCGCCUGGUGGAGCUUUCAUGCUUGGCAGCUACUGA